UGCUAUGGCUGGUGCGAUGAAGGAUGGAGGUUUCUGUGCCGCAAGGAACAGCUUCCGGCCCAAGAAGAAAUUGGUUGCACGCCCAAAAUUACUGACUUUCCAAACCUCAUCAGCGUCAUCUGGGAACUUCCAACAAUGCGAAUUCUUGGGCCUGCCCGGAACCUACACAUUCAGAAACCCUGGAGUUAGGCAUUACUCGCAUCCAAGACUGACUCGCAUCAGCACAGUGAUGAUCUCACCAUCCCUGGUGAAACUGCAGCCACCUGGGCUCCGGUCCAUAGUGAACUGCAUCGCUGGACCUGGGGCAUGUUUAACAACAAACACAGCAGCCACCAAAAGCUUGAGAGCCACCGGGCAAUUUUCCAUGCUUUAUAUAUCCACGAUGCCAGAACGUACCACCAGAGGUGCCGUCUGUGCUACAAGGGCAAAGAUGACAGAGGGACAGCUACAGAGAGACCUAGUAGUGGCUCUGGGCUUCGGUUUCUUCAUGGGUCGAGAGGCUUUUACUAAUGGCGAGACCUUUUCAGAAGGAGGAGGCAGGAAAUGGAUGAGGCCACUGGCAGAAGUUUUCAUCAGGAGCACGGCAUGGACUCAGGAAGAGGGGUUUGGUGCUCAGGUGAGCCACAGACUUGGAGAAGUGCUCAGGCUUCCAGCAAAGCUAGCAGUGCUGUUCUAUGUCCAGUUGCACCACCAGAAAGAACAGCCAUUGGUCACUGUGUCAGUGUCACAGGGCCAUGCUCAGACAUGCACCUGCCCAGGAGGGAGUGGUGACCGUCUUUCGGCUUCAAGGAUACAGACCUUAACUAAACAUUUAUCUCUAGAGGCUGUUUCCAAAAACAGGAUACAGUACCACAGCGGCCGGGUCCGAACUCCUGCUGCCUCACAGGGAAGCCAGAGCGCAGGGAUGUUCUUAGAGCAUAAACUCAAAAUUCCACGAGCUCUGCCUCCCAGCAGCUGA